CCCCAGCCUCGGCCCCCACCCCCUCAGAUGUCGCUGCUGCUCAGUGCCUGCAGGGAGCAAGGAGGAGACGGGAAACCCGAGUCGCCGCCACCGCCAGGCACCAUUGAAUAAAGCUCUGCAAGUCUGCAAUAAAAAUGGCCUCCAAUAAAACUACAUUGCACAAAAUGGGAAAGAAACAGAAUGGCAAAGGUAAAAAAGUUGAAGAAGCAGAGCCUGAAGAAUUUGUUGUGGAGAAAGUCCUGGACAGACGUGUAGUAAAUGGGAAGGUUGAAUACUUCUUGAAAUGGAAAGGAUUUACAGAUGCCGACAACACAUGGGAGCCUGAAGAAAACUUAGAUUGUCCAGAAUUAAUCGAAGCCUUUCUGAACUCCCAGAAAGCUGGUAAAGAAAAAACAGAUGGUGCUAAAAGAAAAUCGUUAUCAGACAGUGAAUCCGAUGACAGUAAAUCCAAGAAAAAGAGGGAUUCUGUUGAUAAACCAAGGGGGUUUGCAAGAGGUCUGGAUCCUGAGCGGAUAAUUGGAGCCACAGAUAGCAGCGGAGAACUAAUGUUUCUUAUGAAAUGGAAAGAUUCCGAUGAGGCAGACUUGGUGCUGGCCAAAGAAGCUAACAUGAAAUGUCCUCAGAUUGUAAUUGCUUUUUAUGAAGAACGACUAACUUGGCAUUCGUGUCCAGAAGAUGAAGCACAAUAAUAACUUACAUUGCUUUUUUUUAUAAAUAUAUAUUAAUAUUAAAACCUGGAUUUUGAUUUUAUUCUUUGAUUUAUAAGCAAUGUGAGAAACAUCUACAUUCUAAUGAGAAUUGAGUUAGAUAUGUUUUCUUUUUGAAGUAGUGUGUUAUGCAUCAACGGCAAGUAAAUGAAGGCUUUCUGUAACUUGCUUCAUUGACAGGACAGCAUUUGAUAUUAUUUCUUCCAUAUUAGGUAAAGGCUUUUAUAAAUUUUCAUGAACCUCCAUAAUUAUUACCAAAUCAUAACAAACGUUUAAACAAACUCACAGAUGUUUUAUAGUAAUCUAUGCUAUUGAUGUGCAUGUAUCUUCUUUACCCACAGCGUAGCACCCCUAACAUGUAGAAUCAUUCUUUUUAGUAUUUAGGUAACUUAGUCGCAAAGAGGCCAGGUAAAAACACUUUGUAGUAAUUUGAAUGUUAUCAUACUGUAUAUUGUUUACUUUAUUGUAAAUACUGGUGAACAGUGGUCAAUAAAUUAGUUUUAUAUUCUUCCUU